CACUAGUAAAAUGAGAUUUUUCGUUGCAUUUGCUGUUCUUGGGGCCAUCGCCCUCGGACAAGAUUGUACUGAAGAGGGAGAUGCUAAAAGUGUCAACUACAGAGGCAAAGUAGCCGUCGGCGCAAAUGGAUACCGAUGCCAGAAAUGGGCAUCUCAGUCACCUAAUGCACAUACAUACACUCCUGAAAAAUACCCUGAUGCGGGUCUUGAUGAAAACUACUGCCGUAACCCUUCUGAUCACACUGGUCUAUGGUGCUAUAAUGAUGAGGGUACAAGUCCAAGGUGGGUCAACUGUGACGCACCAAAAUGUGGACAAUACCUCGUGAAGGUUAUCUGUGAUGACAUCGCCAACAUCUUCAUUGAUGGUGUAGAGAAAGUUGUCCCCGGAACCGGAGCCUGGAACCAGCUCUCCAAGUUUUACGUGCCAGCAACUACCACUACCAUUGGAAUCAAAUGCCGCAACACAGGCGGACCCUACGGUAUCAUGGCUACAGUACAGAAUGAAGUUGGAGAGACGUUUGUUGUGUCGGACAACUCGUGGAGUUGCUCUAAUGCUGCUCAGGAUGGCUGGGCAGCCGGUAGUUUUACAGAGGAUGAUAGCUGGAAGCCUGCUGCUUAUUAUUAUGGGCAUCCUCCUUAUCUUAUUAAUAAGGACGCUUGGAGGGGAAUGUCUAAUGAUAAGAAAGUUAUCUGGACGGCUUCUGCUGCUGAUACGACAGUUUACUGCCGCAAGGAUCUUCCAAAACCAACAGACCUCACCCUGGACGUGAUCUGUGACGAUGUCUCCACCAUAUUUGUUGACGGAGAACAGCAGGAUGUUGCAGGAACUGGGGCCUGGAACCAGCUCGCCAGUGUCCGUAUCUCUGGAGAUACCAAAGUAGUAGGAGUUCAGUGCAGGAAUACUGGCGGUCCUUACGGUAUCAUGGCUCAGAUCCUUGAUGGGUCCAAGAAGGUUGUUGCUGUCUCUGACGACUCCUGGAGUUGCUCCAACGCUGCUGAAGACGGCUGGUCUACAGGUGAUUUUGUGGAGGGGGACAACUGGAAACCCGCAGCUUACUACAACGGACACCCACCGUACAAAACAGCUCAACAGGCCUGGCGGAGCAUGUCCCUCAAUAAAAGGAUUAUAUGGACCGCCUCUGGAGCUGAUACAACUGUUUACUGCCGUAAAGUCAUGCCUGCAGCUGCUCCACCAAAGCUAGCCGUAUCAGCAGCCUGGAAACUCAUCCCUGGAGGCCUUACUAAAAUAAGCAAGGGAAAAUCUGGUGUAUGGGGUGUAAACAGAGUUAAUGGUAUCUAUAGACUCAAUGGAGAUGGAACUAGCUGGACUAAAAUAGCCGGAGGUUUAGUCCAGGUCUCGUCAGGAGCUUCAGUUUGGGGUGUCAAUAGAAACGACAUGAUUUACAGAUAUAAGGGAGGAAACCAGUGGGAGAAUAUCGGUGGCCGCCUUACAAAUGUGGAUGUGAGUGAAAACGAUAACGUCUGGGGAGUUAACCGAGGAGGAAACAUCUACAGAUGGCUGGGAACCAGAUGGGAGCAGAUCGGUGGAGCAGCUAUUCAAGUCAGUGUGGGAAAUUCUGGAGUAUGGGUUGUAAACAGCGCAAACAAUAUUUACUACAGAGUCGGAACAUAUGGUGAUUCUGGAACUGCUGGAACUGGUUGGACUCACGUACCAGGAAAACUGAAAUGGAUCUCAUCGGGAAAUAACAUAGUGGUCGGUGUGAAUGCUAAUAACGAUAUCUACUACCGAUCUGGUAUGAGUGCAGAUACUCCUACUGGAACUGGAUGGAACAAAGUCAAUGGAAAGCUAAUGAACAUCGACCUUCUGGAUGAUGAGGUAGUGGGAACGAACACGGCUAUGAACAUUUUCAGAUGCCCCAUGGUGGCCCCACCACCUCCUGUUAAAUACUCCCCCUGUGAUGAAACUGAUAGUUGUGUCAGGGAAGUGGGAAUUGGAGCUCUUCUUGCAGCUGGAAGUCAGCUGGUUUCGAAGAACGGUCGAGCUAAGCUAGUUAUGCAGGAUGACGGUAACCUGGUCCUAUACUGUGUGGUCGGAGGAGCAGUGUUGUGGAACAGUGAGUCUAACGGAAAGGGAGUCGACUCCGGACUCAAGCUUCAAGAUGAUGGCAACAUGGUCCUCUACGCUGGAGACGCUGCCAUCUGGGACAGUAAAACUAAUGGAAACACCGACGCUGUGGAGCUUGUUGUCCAGAACGAUCACAAUGUUGUUUUGUACAGCUAUGAAGAUAGAAGUGUCUUGUGGAAGACUGAUACUAACGGAAACAACUGUCCUGAUGCCCAAUUCGUUGAGAACUGUGCUGCAGAUAAAUGUAUCCGGGAAUCUCAGGUCGCUUCAAUUCUUUCUCUUGGUAAGAAGAUCGUCUCAAAGAACGGAAAAGCUGUGUUCACAAUGCAAGCUGACGGUAACCUAGUCCUGACUUGUUCUAUUAACAAGAAUGUUCUGUGGAAGUCAGACACCAGUGGAGUUGCUGGAGGACUCAAAUUCCAGAGUGACGGUAACCUUGUCCUCUACGACGCAGACAGAAAGGACCUCUGGGCAUCAGACUCUAACGGUAACUAUGACAACGCCGAACUAGUAGUACAGGACGACAUGAACGUGGUUCUUUACUACUCUGCUGAUAGAAAGGCUCUGUGGGCUACCGAUACUGAUGGGGCUGAGUGUGCUGAUCCUCCUAGCACUGUUGGAACUUGGAGCAAGAACGCUGGUAAAUAUCUGAGCGGCUACAGCGCAGGAAAUGCCAAGUAUGACAGUCUUCUGAGGUCCCAGAGCGAAUGUAUCAAACGAUCCGACUGUGGAGGUAUCACAUACGAGACCAAUUCUAAAAAGUUCACUCUGCGAAGAGGAGUUGACCUCAAGGACAGUCCCUCCAACGAAAUUUCCUGGUUGGCUAUCUCAAGCGACGAUGAAGGUGGUCACAUUUUCGGCGCUAAAGUCUCAACAGAAUACGAACUCCACAAAGCUCUGGAAGUUGGAGAUGUUAUUUCUGCAUUCGGACUGUACAAGGAUCACACCACUAGCAAAUUCAACUUGAACAUCAAAGGAGCUAACAACUUGUUCCUGCUUCAUGUCGACUUCAGACCAACGGGCGACCAGCUUGUUCUCAACUCUAACCAACCUGGUGUAGGCUGGCAGGCGGAAGUCAGGCCAGCAUUCCCUAAGGCUAAGCUAGUCGGAGGAAAGAUAUUCAAAGUGUCAGUAGAGGUAUUAGAGGGAGAAUACAGGAUCUUGUUUAACGACGAGGAAGUCGGCAAGUUCCCCCAGAGACAGAGCAUCAGUCUUGCAUCUCACAUCAUACUGUACGGAGGAAGUAACGGUUUCGAAUGGAAAGCAGCCCAACUGCCACCAGGCGUUGCUGGACCCGGCCUCUCUAAACCAUGUGGUACCGGUGAUAAGCUCCACUUUGACAAGACUAAUGAAGUUGGAGAUAUUAUUACAGUUUGGGGUAUCUUUGCUGAUAAGACCUCAGCAUUCAGUGUGAAUCUGAUCAAGGACGAUAGCAACUUCAUGCUGCACAUCUCAUUCAGACCCCCACCAAGUGAAAACAAGAUUGUACUGAACUCUAAACUGAACGGUGCUUGGCAAACUGAAAUCAGAGCUGCUAUGCCAGCAUUCGUGAACGGUGGACCAUUCAAGGUUCAGAUCGAGCUGCUCCUCAAUGAGUUUAAGAUUUACGUUAACGGAAACGACAUUGGAGUCUCGUUCCCAUACAGAGAGGGAUUCUCCCUUGGUGAUAUCCAAUUCCUGUACAAUGUUGGAGGAAGUAACGGUAUGACCUUCACUGAUAUGUCACCUCCUGAUGAUAAGAACGUCGGAGCAAACCUGAUGUCAACUGGUCUGUCUGUCAGCCAGAACAGUGUGGGGUGGGGAGGAGUACCUGCACGUGCCAUUGACGGUAACAGGAAUGGAAUAUGGGCAGCCGCAACAUGUACUCACUCUGCUGGCAACUCCGGUAACUGGUGGAAAGUGGAGCUCGGACAAAUGUCUGCUAUCAACAGAGUCGUUGUCUACAACAGAUUGGAUUGCUGUUCCGACAGAAUUAACGGUGCUAAGGUAUACGCGGGUGCCAACCUUUGUGGGGAAGUGAAAUACGAGGCUGGAAAGGCUGCUUUCACAGUUGAAUGUGGUGGUGCUGUUGGUGAUUCUCUGACGAUCUCGCAACCUUACAACUAUCUGACCCUCUGUGAGGUUGAGAUCUACGGAAAACCAUCUGAUCUGAAGGCGCUUGCUAAUGUCGCUCCUGGUAAGCCAACAUGGCAGAGCAGCGUAGGAUGGGGAGGUGUCCCCCAACGUGCCACUGACGGAAGAAUCAGCGGACGGUGGCCAGCUGGAACUUGCACUCACUCAGCUAACGCUGGGAGCAACAAGUGGAAGGUUGACCUUCUGGAUAUGUUCACCGUGGACUCAGUUGUUAUCUACAACAGACUGGAUUGCUGUUCUGAGAGGAUUAACGGUGCUAAGGUAUAUGUCGGUGCUGAGCUCUGUGGAGCUGUCGAGUAUGUUGCUGGACAGUCCGUGUACAAGAUUGAUUGCGGAGGUAAAGUGGGAUCAGUUAUUCAGAUCACCCAGGAUGGACAGUACCUGACACUUUGUGAAGUCCAAGUUCUUGCCACGCCAAGUGACGAUCUAGGAACUUUCCUUAACGUAGCUGCUGACGGAGUAGCAAGCCAGUCCAACACUGGAUGGAACGGAGUUGCUGACCGAGCUAUCGAUGGCAACAUUGCUGGAGACUAUUUCGAUGGUGCUAGUUGCUCUCACACUGGAAACACAGUUGACGGAUACUGGAAACUCGACUUUGAUGAUGCUGUAGCUGUGAAACAAGUCGUCAUCUACAACAGAGAGGAUUGUUGUGCUGACCGAAUCAACGGAGUCAGCGUAUUCGCUGGAGACACACUUUGUGGUAAGAUUGCCUAUGUGGAGGGACAGAAAGCUUACAAAGUUGGUUGUAAUAGUGAUACAGUGAAAAUGUUUGAAAGUGUUACUAUUAAAGCAGCACCCAACCAAUACUUGACUCUCUGCGAGGUGAAAGUACUGGCAGAUCCCCGAGUAGAAUCCGGAGAUGAACAUCUCGCUAACCUUGCCUUCGGUAAACCAACUUCACAGACUUCAACUGGAUGGGGAGGUGUCUCUAGCCGUGCUGUUGAUGGCAAAGAGGCUGGUAAAUGGACUGCUGGAAGUUGCACUCACACUAACGGUGCAGGCUCGUGGCAAGUUAAUCUUCAGGACAACUACGUGAUCAAGAGUGUGUGGAUCAAGAACCGAGUAGAUUGCUGCAGUAACCGUAUUAAUGGGGUUCAGGUAUUCGUAGGAGACGCUCUGUGCGGUACUAUCGAGUACAACCCAAUAAAGUACAGCUACUCAGUUAACUGUGGAGAGAACGGAAUUGUUGGAUCUUCAGUAAAGGUUGUAAACCCAACUACUCAUCUCACCCUGUGCGAGGUCAAGGUCUGGGGACCUGCUGAUCCUGUUGUUAUCGAAGAGACUACUGAUGAAGAGGUUGUUGGAGACAAGAGUGCAGCUGUAGAUGAUGCCGUUUCACAGGCCAAGUGCCCGAGUGGAAAGGUUGUGUCCUUCUGUGAGGUUGCUACUGGAAAUACUGCUGUUAACGCUGACGGUGCUCUUGUAAAGGGUGAUGGCGGUGAGAUCUGUGUAGCUCACAACGGAUGGGGUGGUCAGGGAGUUAUUGCCCGAGCCAUCUGCUCAGAACAAGUACAAAUAGCAAGCCCUUGCAACGGCCCCAAACUGAACCUGUACAAGAAACUGUACGCUAGAGGUACCGACCCUAGCUUGAAGUGUCCUGCUGGUUAUGAAGCUAUCAUUUGUAAUGCUCACUCCUUCUGGUGGAACAUGCUGGUAAACAAAGUUGAUGCUAAGGGUAUCAUCUCUAACGACAAGGACUGUGUUGUACCAAGCUGCAACGCCAACAACUGGUGUGAUAUUACCCUCGUGUGCAAACUCAUGGAGGAUAUGGAUGCCUACGCAGAAGCAGUGUGCCCAACCUGUGACGGAUACAGCUGCGAGGAAAGUUUCGAGUGCCAAAUGAUAGAUGAUGAUGGAGAUGACAGUGACAAGAAGUUCCCCACUUGUGUUGAGAAGCAGACCGGUUGUGAUGUCGAUAGAUGCGGAGAUAACGGUGAUUGCGAACCUAAAGGAGCAGAUGAUUAUAUCUGUAUCUGCAGUGACGGAUACGAAUUUGAUGAGAUUGCCGGAACUUGCAUGCCAGUACACACUAAAUACCGAACAGUUUACGGAGAUGAAGCUAUCGGUGAUGAUGCUCACAGUUUCGCUACCUGCUCAGAAGGAGAACGAGUUUACAGGUGCCACACCUUUGGAGCGCCAAGUGCAGCUGAUGGAGUCACCAUUGCCAACACUAACGGACUGGUACGAUGUGAAGCUAGAGCUUCUCAUAGCAAGAAGUUCCCUGUCAGGGCUGUUGGAUACUGUGGUGAAGAUAACAUCUUCACUGACCCAUGUACCCAGGAAGACAUUCACCAGAUCGAAUACAGGAUUGAUGCUGGCCUUUCUCCCUCAAUCAGCUGUCCUGAUGGAUACUUGAUGGAAAGCUGUAUCUUCCACAGCCCCUGGACACAGGCGCUUACUGAUGUAAACAGAGCUCGGAUCAACAGUAUCGGCGCUGUCGGUAUCAACGAUGACGGUUCAUGCUCCAUGACUGAUUGUUUGAAGAAUCCUCACGGUCACCAAUGGUGCAAACUUACUGCUGUCUGCAAAAAACUGACCGGUUCUGAGUACAUGAAGGCAGCAUGCCCAACCUGUGACGAUGUCAGAUGUCCAGAUGGUCAGGAAUGCGGAAUGGUAGAAGAUCUGCCACUCUGUCUCCCGAGAGUACCUGGAGGUUGCGAUGCAGACAAGUGUGGAGAGAACGGCGAGUGCAAGGAAGACGGAACCGACUACGAAUGCCUCUGUAAGACCGGAUACAAGUUCGACAGUGUCACGUGUAUCGAUAUCGACGAGUGUGCUGAGGAACCAUGUGGUAACGGGGACUGUACCAACACUGCCGGAUCUUACACUUGUGACUGCAAGAAGGGAUACGAAGCUGUAAAGGGAACAUGUGAGGAUGUUGACGAGUGUGCUGAUAGUCCUUGCUCUGAAACUGAGAGGUGUUCCAACAUUGAAGGAAGCUUCAUCUGCGAUUGUCUGGAUACUUUCAUCAGAGUAAAGAAAUCUAAGGAAUGUGUCUGUGCUGACGGGUUCGAGAACCAGGAUGGGUCCUGUGCUGAUAUUGACGAGUGUGCUUUACCUGAUAGCUGUGGAGAAAAUGAGGUCUGCACAAACUCAGUCGGAAACUACCAAUGUGAAUGCAAGGAGGGGACAGAGAAGGGAUCUGAUGGAGUGUGCAAGGAGUUCCUUCCGCUGGAAUGUGAUGUUAAGGCAAAGAAGCCAAUUGUUAAGGGAAUCAAGGGAACCAAUGUCAAUGUCAAGUUGGCCGGUGAAGUUAAGAAGACCUUCAAGAAAUACGCCACAAUCAAGUGGGAAAAGAACAACGAACCCUGGGAUCCUAAAUCCGACGGCAAAUCUAAAUUCAACGGAUUCACCAUCAGGAAGUUUGAUGCCGAAGAUGCGGGUAUUUAUGUAGCUUCCAUCUACAUUGAGAAGGAUGGAGAAAGCUUCAAAUGUGAGGUCGAGGUCAAGCUUGUCCUUCUAGAGGGAUCUGUGAAACUGAACAUUGCCAAUGCUAAACAACUGUCUAAAAAGCAGAAGUCUGGACAACCUCUCACUAUCAAGUGUGACGUUGAUAUUGACAACCUGAAACUGAAAGACCCUAAGAGUCCAGAUAACAUUAACUGGUACAGAGUAACUGAUGACGGUGAUGAACUUCUUGAUGAUAGUGAUACUAUCAGUAUCGAACGAGGAAAAGGAACCUACCAAAUGAUCCUCAAGAACCCGAGCCCCGAAGACAGCGGCACCUACAGAUGUGAGUUUGAUCAACAAGGAGUGGACACAUCUACAGACGUCACUAUUGAGUUCAAGUAGAUUACUCGCAAGAUUGCAGGGCACAUGUAUAAGGACAUGUACAGGUUUUUUUAUUAUGGAAAUAGAUUUUUAUGGAAAUGGACUGAACUGAUUUUUAAAUUUUUAGUAAGUUGAUAUUUGAUUUGCGACUUGACUACGAUCUGAAGUGAUAUUUUUGUUGUACAAUUUUUAUCACACAUGCAUUCAAAA